AAAAAACAAAACCCUUAUUAGGUUUCUUUGUCGGCGAGAGAUGACAUCAAUGGAGGAAGUAGCGAGAGAAGAAGUAGAGAUCGGCAAGGAUCUGCAGAGGAAAAUAGAGAAGACGGUGAAGAAGAUCUUGGAAAGUUCGAACUUGUACAAGAUAACAGAGAUCAAGGCGCGAGAAGAAGCUUCACUUGAAUUGGAUCUUGAUCUUUCUCAAGAUCCUUACAAGGUCAUCGUGAGAGAAGUUGUUGAAAGUUUCCUCGAAGAAGCCGUAAAGGUAAUCGGCAAUAGGAUUGCGAUGCUUCCGGAGAGGAUAGAGUCGAGUAUUUAGAUAUUGUUAAUCAAUCUAAAAGGAGUUAUUUUUAUUUCGAUCCGAUAUUGGAUAGUUUUAUGGUGAACUUAUGUGAUUUCUCAAAGAUUGUCUCCCGAUAAGAAAGAUGUGUCUAAUUAAUUCGGGGAAUUGGUAGAUGGUGAGAUUUUUAAGUUGCAGUAGAAAAUGAUGGUACACUAUUGUAAAUCAGUUCUUCUAAAUACACAGAUCAAUGCCGAUUUAGACCAAA